AUGUGGCAGCCCGCGACCCUUUCUCCUGCAUCGCUCAACACCAGCACAACAACGCUCGUGAUCACCUUGGGCCUGCCACCAAGGCUGGCCGGCAAGCCCCAUGCUCCAUGCCUGCUCAUGCAAUCAGUCGCGUACGACCGGCCGCGUCCCAAGUGGACAAAGGCCUCCGAAUUGGUGGUCGCGAGUUGGGGAGACCACCGUGGACGCCUGGCCAAUUGUCUCCGUCACGCCGCGCUGGCUGACCUUCAGUUGCACCGGAACCGCCGCGGCCUGACCAAGCGGCCGCCCACCGCUGAGCUCCGGCGAGGCCCCGCGCCCCGUGGACAGCCAGUCAAGCAAGCGCAAGACGCAUUAUCGCCUGACGACGCGAGGCCAACUCAACGAGGGCUGAGCGACGAGACGCGACCCGCUGACCGGCUGUGCGUGGCUGCCUACCAAGACCAAGCGCGGCCAUGCCACCAGCGGUUCGAAGCCGUCGCCGCUCGCCGCCGCGACGCACCAGGGCCCGGCCUGCCUGGCCUCAUGGCAUCAUCGUCCAAGGCUCCAGGCUGCACGACGCUGCAAGAGCCACGCAAGGCCGUCUCAUUGGGCCGACCGCGCUCGCCCUCUGUCCUCGCUCCACGGCUCAUCGGAGGGGUCGCGUCACUUGACGUCUCACCGGGGACAGUAGCUCGCCAAGUAGCCCGGCAAGCAGCUUUCCGUCACCAUUUGCCCCUCAGUCUGCUCCGUCGUUGCCCGACAAGUUGGUGCCUAAGUGACUUGCUGCUUGCCGCUCGCCGCAUCCUCGUUGCUCGACACGCUCGGUUUCUCAGCCUUCGCAGCCGGAAAAGAAGACUCCCGCGUUCUCCCUCGUCGCUACCCUACUCCCACGUCGAGACAACACAGAAGCCAGAGGUUAGACUGCGAACGGCAAUUGCUACGGCAAGAGCGUGUGCUGCCUGGUCAAGCUUCAGAAACCACAAGUUGAUCGGAGCUGCUGCGCGUUUGCUCGCUUACCAGCUAGUGCCUGCCCGCCCGCGCUUCUGCCUCGAAGCCCACAUUGCACGCAACGGGGCAUGUUGGUUGAUGAGUCGGCGAGGCACUCGCAGGCGACUCACACGCUCCUAA